CCAAAACUCGGUCGACUGAGUCCAGAUUAGGUUUCUCUCUCCCCCAGCUCCUUCUUCCUCGCCGCCGGUAGUGUUUCUCUCACUCUCGGCGUCUCGAACUCUCCGCCGCCGCCGCCGAUCUAGGAUGGUCCUUCCCUUCCGAUAGUUUUCUGUGUGGUGUAUUAGUUCAGUGAGUAGUUCUCUCCGGCCAUGUCGUGGUCAAGGCCUUUGAGGCGGACCCUGCUGUUCUCCCAUCUAGAGAACCUCCAUCAUACAUCACAUCCAUCAAGGAGCGUGCAUCGCGCUCUAUGUACCAGUUAUUGCACUCAUGGAGCUGGUCGAGGGGAUGAGCAUAAUUUCCGCAGAACGAUAUCGGGUUUGGCCACUAGGCAUGGAAUGCGCACAGGAUUUUGGAGAAGCUCUUCUUUGUUGUGGCCCCCCAAUACUGACACUGUGGGUAGAUCUUUUUUACUUGGCAUGCAGCGCCACUAUGCUACUCAAUCCCCAACAGAAACAAAAUCACGCAAAAUGCUCUAUUACCUCACUGCUCUGGUCUUUGGUAUGGUGGGCCUGACUUAUGCUGCUGUACCGUUGUAUAGAACAUUCUGCCAAGCUACGGGAUAUGGGGGCACUGUUCAACGGAAAGAGAGUGUUGAGGAGAAGAUUGCUAGGCAUGCAGACGCUGGUACUGUCACUCAAAGGGAGAUAGUGGUGCAGUUCAAUGCUGAUGUUGCAGAUGGAAUGCCAUGGAAAUUUGUACCAACUCAAAGAGAGGUGAGGGUGAAGCCGGGAGAAAGUGCACUAGCCUUUUACACAGCUGAAAACAGAAGUUCAGCUCCCAUAACUGGAGUUUCCACAUACAACGUCACUCCGAUGAAGGCAGGAGUUUAUUUCAACAAGAUACAAUGCUUUUGCUUCGAGGAGCAGCGUCUUCUUCCUGGAGAACAGAUAGACAUGCCUGUCUUCUUUUACAUCGACCCAGAGUUUGAGACAGAUCCCCGUAUGGAUGGAAUCAACAACUUGAUAUUGUCGUAUACUUUCUUCAAAGUGUCCGAGGAGAGUUCAGAUACGGCGAAGAACAGUCCGGUUGCGGUCCAAGGAACCAAUGAAAAUUAGACCUUCUUGAAGACAAAACUGUAUUCUUUGUCUCGUCACAUGCCAGAAUAACUGUUUAGUACUAUUAUCAAUUUAUUAUACAAAAAGGCGUCGCCCUAUGACUUCAUUCGUAUGAGCCUUGGGCCUAAUACUUUACCCUAAUAAUCUUUGAGGUUCCAAGCACUGAAA